AUGGACCACUUCAAGCGGGCGAAUGAACAUUGGCGCUUCGUGCGGAUUGUCAUCGUUGACAAGGGCAUGCGUGAGAUUGAUAUCAUCCGCAAGAAGUUACCAGAGGCUCGCGUGCUACUGUGUCACUUUCAUGUGAUCAAGUGGUUGCACGAAACGAUUCGAAAG